AUGUCAAAAAUCUGGAAAGCAUUAGCUGUUUCUUUUGGUGCUUUAGCUGGCGGCGCAGGCGGAUUUUAUGUCUUGGAAAUGUACAAAAUUAAGUCGAAGGAGAAGAGACUUGCCAUGUUAUUAGACAAAAAAAAGGAAUACGAAAACUUACAAAGAGAGGAGUCGUUAUAA